UCCUGACGUGCGCCUCCUGAAUGGCUGCUCAGUGCAUUUUGGGAAGUGUAGUGCAAAGAUGCGAAAAACCGGAUUAUAAAAUUAAACCACAAGACCCAGAAGGCAUAGUGCCACGCCGUGCCCAUGCGUUGUACGUAACCGUAAGCUUCUACGCGCGCCGUCAUGUGGUAAAGGGUUUUCUAGGAGGUAGCAAGAUGGCCGUGCAACCCCGCCUUUUAGCUUGUCCAAUCAAAAUCCGCAUGGCUUGACCACAUGACGGGAAGCGGUCAAACAGCUGUACUGAGAGGAGACAGGAAGAAAAGAAACAGGGGAGCGCCCAGGUGGAGCCCAUGUGACUCUUCUUUUGGAGCAGAUGGAGUGUGAGGUGCCCGAUCUUCAGGAUGUUCUGCUGGGGGAGAAGGGGCAGAAGGAAGAGGCUGGUCAUGAAGAAGGAGGAGACCUGGAGCUCAACCCAUUUGAUGGUCUGCCCUUCUCUUCCCGCUAUUUCCACCUCUUGUCUGAGCGCCGCCUGCUGCCCAUUUGGGACAUGAAGUGUCAGUUCCUGGAGAGUCUGCAGAGCAGUAACGUUGUGCUGGUGUGUGGGACCCCCGGAUGUGGCAAGAGCACCCAGAUACCCCAGUGGUGCGCUGAGUUUGCCCUUUCCCAGCAGUUCUGUUGUGGCCCCAUAAUCUGCUCGGAGCCCCACUGCACUGCUGCCUUCAGCCUGGCGCUACGAGUUGCUGAUGAGAUGGAUUUGAAUUUGGGCCACGAGGUUGCCUUCUCAUUGCCACAGGAGGACUGCAGUGGCCCCAGCACCAUCUUGAGAUUCUCCUGGGAUUCGCUGCUGCUCCAGGAGAUGGCCUCUAACCCAUUGCUGGAAUCAGCUGGGCUGGUGGUUGUGGAUGAAGCUGAUGCCAGGUCUGUGCCGUCGGACGUCUUGCUGGGGCUGCUGAAAGAUGUAGUUGUACAGCGGCCGGAAUUCCGCCUAGUGGUUGUGACAUCUCCACAGCUGGAGCCGCAUCUGGUUCGAUUUUUAGGGGAGGAGGCCUCAGUUUUGAGGGUCCCACAGAAGACACCAAUGGGUGAAGUGGUGUAUCGGCCCCCCACGUCUCCAGACUGUGCCUUGGCCGCCUGCCAUAUGGUGCUGGACAUUCACAGAAGGGGGGAUCCUGGGGAUGUGCUGGUGUUUCUGCCUAGUGAGGAGGAGGCCUAUCAGUGCUCUGCUACUCUUUUGACCGAGGCCCUGUCUCUGAACCCCAGUUUGGGAAAUUUGGUGCCUUUCACCCUCUUAGAAAGUUCCGGCAGUGAGGUGCAGUGUGUGUACGAAGCCCUACAGGGACAUUCUGGCACCCAACGGCGAGUUUUCCUUUCACAGUCUCUAUCAGAGCUCUCCUUCUCUCUCCCACACAUCCGAUAUGUCAUAGAUACAGGGACAGAACAGCAGAAUAUUUACAACCCCAGUAUCCGAGCGGAUUUCCAGGUGCGGGGGUUAAUCAGUAAAGACAAGGCAGAGAUGCGGCGCGUGCGAGCCCAGGCCAGUGACAGUGUCUGUUAUCGCUUGUACUCGGAGGCCGUGUAUCAGAGCCAGAUGACGGAUUUGUCUGCUCCUCGGAUCCUGCAGGAGAAUCUCGGCCGACUGGUGCUGCUGCUGAAGAGGCUGAACGUUGCUGACAUGGGCCAGUGGGACUUUCUUGACCGGCCUGCUCCGGAGUCACUCAUGCAGGCCUUGGAGGAUCUGGAUUACCUGGCAGCUCUGGAUGAUGAUGGAGACCUCUCAGAAGUUGGAAUUAUCAUGUCAGAGAUUCCGCUGGAUCCUCAGAUCUCCAAAUCAAUUCUCGCCUCAUGUGAAUUCCAAUGCGUCAGCGAGAUGCUCACCCUGGCAGCCAUGUUGAGUGUUGUACCACGUUGUUUCCUUCCUGCACCACAUGCAGUGGAAGUGUUGGAGUCUCGCCGUGAACUGCAGGUUCCAGAGGGAGAUCACAUGACUCUAAUAAAUAUAUAUGAAAAGUACAUGGAGUCUGAUGAGGAUUGGUGCAGUCGAUGUGCCCUGUGCCCCCGGGCACUCCAGCAGGCAGAGAAGCUCCGUAAUGAACUCCUAGAGCUGCUGCAAAGGAUCCAACUGCCAGUGUCUCCUCCCAACUUCCUCAGUGAAGAAAAUACCCGUAAUAUCAAGCGAUCGCUGAUUUCUGGGGGGUUCCUAAAGGUUGCCCGGGAUGUUGAUGGACAGGGCAAUUAUCUGAUGCUGACUCACAAACAUGUGGCACAUCUGCACCCCUUCUCUGUGUACCAUGGGUGCUGCCCACCCCCAACCUGGGUCCUGUACCACGAUUUUACUAUUUCUCAGGAUAACUGGAUCAGCAUUGCCACCGAAAUCCUUCCUGAGAUGUUAGUGGAAUUUGCCCCGCAGUACUAUCUGUGCAACCUGCCACCCAGCGAGAGCCGUGACAUGCUGAUGGCACUCAGGGAGAAGCUUGUGGAGCGAGAAGAUAGAGAAUUUGAAGACACGGAGGAGGAAGAAGAGGCAUCACUGGGCCUUGCCAAUGAGAAAGACCUUUGUUCCUUGCAGUGAGCCCAGUCUAAUUCAGCUCUGCCAUUGGUUGAGCACAUGUCCUCACUGUGUCUGAUUGGUGCCUGGAUAGCCAACUGCGCCAGUACACCUGCUGGGAGGCGGGCAUUAGCACCCUAACAAGGAGAGUCGCAUCCAACAAAAGAGAUUAUAUGAAAUUAAUUGACUUUUAAUUGGUUUUGUGGGAUGAUGAACCCAAAUGUAAUUAUAUAGAAUGUAGGUUUCCAGGAUUUUCUUGGGCCGGUAUCAGUACAGUACCCACAACAUAUGGUACUGGCCCUGUCUGGAGCACCAAUGGUAAUUCUAUAGAACUUACACUCCCAGGAUUCUCUUGGACUGAUAUCAGUACAGAACCCACUGCAUAUGGUACUGGCCCUGUUUGGGGCACCAAAGGUAAUUCUAUAGAACUUACACUCCCAGGAUUCUCUUGGGUCGGUAUCAGUACAGAACUGUCUGGGGCACCAAGGGAUGGUUCUAUAGAACUAAAUAGGAUUCUCUUGGGUCCUGACUGGGUACAGUGGGGUCUCUCUGGUACUGGGUGCAAGCUAAUUACUUAAUUAACUUAUAUUGGGCCAUUCAGGGAAAUGUUAGGGUUGGAUGUGCGGGUACAACAGAACUGUGUUUGCCAGUGAAGUAAGUAAGUAAAGGUGCUCAUAACUGGGGUAUCUGAUAUCUGUGGUGUCUGUGGGUGCCAAGCGUUUGGGUGCUGAAAACUUGUCAGAUCGGAUUAUUUCAUUUUGUAGCUUUAGAGACUGAGAAUGUUACUGUAACUUGUGAUGGAAUCAGGCCAGAUAUUCUGUCCCCCCGGGCGACCUCCUUUUCUGUUUUGUGCAAUAUAAGGGUAAUGGGCAAGAUCAGCCGGAAUUGACUCCAAUAUCCCAGUAGAACCCUGACCAUGUUAUUAGAUGGUGUGUACCCUCAUUUUUGUGUGUGUGCCCCAAAUGUGUGCUUGUCUAUAUGUGGGGGUUGAUAUGUGUGUGUGCGUGUAUACGUGUGUGUGUGUGUAUGUGUGCCAAACAUGUGCUAGUAUAUGUGGGGGUUGAUACAGUGCCAUGCAAAAGUCUUCACACCCCUUGGCAUUUUUCAUGUUUUGUUGCCUCACAACCUGGAAUUAAAAAGGAUUGUUUGCACCAUUUCAUUUACAGAA